AUGGCUUCGUUGGGUUGUAUCAGUGCGUGGCUGGUUUUGCUUACCGUCGGAUGUUCCGUAACGCAGGCGGAUGACUCGAAGAUCGUCGGGGGUACCACGGCGACCGAGCGUAUCCCGUACCAGAUUUCGCUGCAGGUGCUGGUCAGUUCGCUGUUUGGGUUUGGACCGAAGCGUUGGAUGCAUAACUGCGGUGGUUCGAUCGUCAACGAGUACUACGUGGUAACGGCGGCCCACUGUUUGGAUGGCAUGAACGUGAGCCGGAUGUCGAUCGUGGCCGGUACGAACGAUCUGCGGAACGACAGCUCGAAGGGCACGCGGUACUUCGUCGAGUCGUACCUCAUCCACCCGGACUACAUCGAGCUGAACCGGAGCGACAUUGGUGUGAUGCGCGUGAAGGAACCGUUCGCCUUCAACGAGAAUGUGCAACCGAUCAGCUACUCGUCCGAUUUUGUCGACGGUGGCGUGACGUGUCUGCUGACCGGCUGGGGCUACACGAUGCCGAUCCGUAUCGGAUCGACGCCCAAGGACCUGCAGGAGGCGGAACUGACGACGAUCACGAACGAUCAGUGCCGGGAGCGUGGCAUGCCCGUUAACCCGACCGAGAUCUGCACCUUCACGCGGGUUGGACAGGGUGCCUGUGGGGGUGAUUCCGGUGGUCCGCUGGUGUGCAACAAUCAGCUGUCGGGGGUUGUAUCGUACGGUACGCGGUACUGUGGCAUCGGAGUCCCGGAUGUGUACACACGCGUCUCGGAGUUCGAUUCUUGGAUCCAGGAAAACACACAAACCGGCGGCGGAGGUGGCAACAAUGAACAACCACAGCCGGCAUGA